AAAAAAAUGUUUAUUCAAUAUUUAAAUCCAAUAUCCUCAUCAUUCUUAAAUUUUUCCAAAAUAAUAUUUAAAUUAAUAACAAUUAUUCUUAUUAUUUCUUAUCAAAAUAAUGCUACCCAAUCGAUAUUUUCGUGUCCAUUAAAUCCAACAAGUAUUUCUGGAAUUCCUGGCGUUUUUCCAGAUUAUGGACCUGCUGGGGGAAUUGGUGAAGUUUGUGGGGAUGGCUCUUUUAUUCAUUAUUGGACUUGUUGCGAAAAUUAUCCUUUUGAAUGUUGUUUUAAUCUACAAACAUGGGCAAUUGUUUUAUUAGCUAUGUUGGUUGUUAUAUUUUUUGUAAUUAUUCUUUGUUUUGUUGGUAAAUAUUUAAUUUCACGACAAAGGGAAGAAGAAAUUGAAUAAAUUAAAAAUAAAUAUUUUGUAAUUAAAUUUAAACAAAAAUAUAUAAAUAAUAAAAUAUUUCCAAAAUCUAACAGAUUUGUUGGCAGAUAAAUUGUUAAGAGAAAAUAAGAGAAUUUUACAUUAUAAUUAAAAGGAA